ACUCCUCAAGUCGUCACAUCUUACGUUUCAUCUCCGUUUCUCUCUUUUCUCUUCAAAAUACGAAGACCCAUUAACGAAUUCGAUCCAAAGAUGCUAUCAGACACACCAUGAGUACUGAUGCUCAGAGCCCAUCUUCAGAAGACGCUGACUUCGAUUCUGUCGCCACUGCAGAACAGAAUGGUAGGCACAGUAUAAGGAGUGAUGAUGGUUCUCAAACGCUAUCCCCUGAAAGGGCCCCUGAACCAUCCAGACAUUGGAGAGAUGUUUUCUGGUUGGGGGUAUUCACCGUGCAUUUGGUUGCAUUCGGAUUCAUUCUUGCAGUUCUGGGGAUCAACAGAUUUAAGAAGCCUGAUAGGCUUAAUAUUGACAGAUACACAGCCGGAAUACUUGAGAAUCGUAAAGAGUUGACUGAGAACUACUGGCCUUCGUAUGCUGUUGCAGGGGGUGUUGGUACAGUUAUUGGAUGGAGUUGGCUAUUUUUACUUGGUUCUCGAGCAAAUCAGAUGAUGAAGGUUUCAGUACACAUUUUAACUGCUUACCUGGCUGUUAUAAGUGUGUUGUGCUUUUGGGGUCAACAGAUUUUUUGGGGUAUUGCAUUUGCUAUAGGAGCGACUCUGCAGUUCUUGUAUGUAAUAUCAGUUAUAGACAGGCUUCCCUUUACCAUGCUGGUGUUGCAAAAAGCUGUGAAGCUGAUAUGGAGCCUUCCUGAAGUAAUGCGGGUAGCAUAUGCAUUCAUGGUUGUCAUGUUAUUGUGGAUGGUAAUAUGGUCUUUUGGAGCAUCUGGUGUUGUUGCUUCAAGUAUUGGUGAUGGUGGACGCUGGUGGCUUCUUGUGGUGCUUUCAGUGAGUUUAUUCUGGACAGGUGCUGUCCUUUGUAAUACAGUUCAUGUUAUAGUUUCUGGAAUGGUGUUUCUUGUCCUCAUCCAUGGUGGUCGAGAAGCUGCAUCAAUGCCACGCAAGCCAUUGACGAAGUCACUACGGUUUGCUGUUACAACUUCUUUUGGGAGCAUCUGCUAUGGAUCACUCUUCACUGCUGCUAUCCGGAUGUUGCGGUGGGAGAUAAGAGGUUUCCGCUCUAAGAUUGGCAACAAUGAGUGUCUGCUUUGCUGUGUUGAUUUUUUGUUUAAUCUUGUGGAGACACUUGUUCGUUUUUUCAACAAGUAUGCUUAUGUCCAGAUAGCAGUUUCUGGUAAAAGCUUUAAUCGUUCAGCAAGAGAUGCUUGGGAAUUAUUUCAGUCUACUGGUGUCGAGGCACUUGUUGCCUACGAUUGUUCAGGUGCGGUUCUGCUGAUGGGCACUAUCUUGGGUGGGCUUAUUGCGGGAACCUGUGCUGGAAUUUGGACAUGGUUUAAGAAACCGGAUAGGAUGCUUAUGGUUGGAUCUACUUCUAUGUUGAUGGGGACAACCUUGGUAGGGCUGGCAAUGGUGGUGGUGGAAAGUGCCGUUACAUCCUUGUACAUCUGCUAUGCUGAAGACCCCUUAUUAAUUAACAGAUGGGAUACUGAUUUCUUUAACCAGAUGUCUGAGGUCUUACACCAACGUUUACAGCACAGAAGCGCACGUGCCAGAGAAGUGCUAACGCAGAUCCACAACCAGCUUGGUAGCCAAAUACGUGAAUCAGUCCCUGUUUGAGUGCAAGAACAAUCUAUUGCGGAGUUCACAAGUGCACAAUGUAACAAAUUCAUUCAAAUUUAUUCAAAAUAGAAUAGUCUUCUAAAUGUAU